AUGUCAAGCAAAAGCGAACCAACCUCUAAAACUUCCCGCAACCAAGCCGCGGAGGCGCCUAGCAGGCCAACGCGCACUUUGCGCGAAAAGACCCUGGUGAGAGCAGCCACGGCUCUGCCACCAACCACAUCUAAAACAACAGCUCCGAAGCCCCUACCACCUUUACCGGAACCGGAAUCGUCGCCACAGUCAUCUGCAUUACAGAUGGACGACAUCAAAACGCCAGAUUCACUGGCUGCAGGUGGCGACAUCCAAGAUGAGAUGGAGACCUCGUCGGUGGGAUCCGAGAUAUCCAUCGGGAGGCGAGUGAGUCUCCUCUACACGUCUCCCAAAAGGGGCACAGGAGUGGAAAUGGACGUGGCAACAAAGGUUGCAAAUGACAUGCUUUUUAGAGGCAAAGAAUCUUUAGAGACGGCCGGAAAUAUGAAGAGGGAGAACAAGACCGUAGCCCUCAACAGCUUGCAGGGGCUGUACGAAACUGUCUUGUCUCUGGCGGACUCACGCUCGAGACAUAAAUUCAACCUUGAAAAAGAACGCUCACGCCACGCACAAGAGCUGGUGCGAGUGGAGAGGGCCCACUCUGCAGAAGUGAAGCAAAUCAAGGAGGCCCUCCUCUCGGAAGUGAGUCUCGCGAGAGCAGGCAUCACGGAAACCCUAAAAGAGACGCAAGCUGUACGCAGCUGGCUAGGGUACGAGACCGUGGAACCCUUCAGCCAGCUGAAGGAGCUUCACCGGGAGACUGGCAACCUCGUUGCCGAAAUCAAAACAAAACUCUCUGCCAAGGAGCUCGGCAGCGAAUCCACGGACGAUAAAUUAAGCUCCCUGGAAAAAAAGGUCCAAAGUCUUAACAAUGGCAUUGGACACUUAUCAAACCAGCUGGCCGAGCUCACAAAAUUACUGACAUCCUCAGGCGGAGAGGGGUCUACCCGAGAAGCUCCUAUCCAAGAAACAUUGUGCCUAUCUCAAAUAAUAAACAAUCUUGACGCAAUCUCCCUAAAAAUAGACAACCUCCCUCAACCACCCCCUCCACUCCCCCCUACACCACUGCCGACAGAACAGCUAUCUGAUGACCUGAAGCGUGUCUUUCACCGCCUUGACCAAAUGUGCACAGAAAUACGCGAGCUGCGCGAAACGACCAGCGCACAACCCCCACCCUCACAAACAGCUCACAACCUGGGCACGGAGCUGGCAAUGGCGGAAGUAAAGAAGACGUUGGCUUCCAUACAAAAGGGAGUCACGGGUCUUAAUACGGCUGACAGACCAACAAAAGGGCCAAUCACCUACGCCCAGGCAGUGGCAAAAACACCGCCACCACGACUCCCUAACCAUACCCUCAUUAUCUCCUCGACAGACCCCAAACACACUGGGGAACAGGUUAUCGAGAGAGUUAGGGGGGCCCUCGAUCUUACCAAAACGGGGGCCAAAGUGGAAAAAGUUAGGAAAGCCAAAAAUCAGAAGGUCGUUCUAAGCUGUCCAAGCUCAGACGACCUAAAUCUGAUCAAAAACCAGGUCAACAGUAGCAAGGGGUUAUCGGCACAGGAGCCGAAACCAAUAAAUCCUCUUGUCUGCAUCAGAGGGGUACUGUCCUGUCACAAGGACGAGGAAAUAAUUGAACUUUUAAAAACUCAAAACAAACACCUGAUGAGUGAACUGGACCAGAAAAAUUCAAUAUUAAAGGUGCGGUAUAGGAAGCGCGCGAGAAACCCGCACGAGUGCCACCCUGUCUUGGAGGUCUCUCCAGAAUGUUGGAAGGCACUCUGCAAGGCAGAAAAAGUUUACGUGGGCCUAAAAAGAUGCCCCAUAGAGGACCAAUCCCCCUUGGUGCAGUGCUCCAAAUGCCUGGGAUACGGGCACACUCGAGCGCUGUGCAAGGCACAGGAGCAAUCAUGCUCGUACUGUGCCAAAACCCACAAGGAGAGGGAGUGUCCUCUUAAGGCGCAAGGAAACACUCCCACGUGCGUCAACUGCCAAAAGGCCAAAAGAGACGGCUCUGACCUGGAACACACUGCAUUCAGCAGUGAGUGUCAGGAAAGACAAAAGUGGGACAACAUAGCGAGGUCUCGCGUCUCCUACUGCUAAGGUCACCCUAACUACACCCGGGCAAUCAGAAUCCCCAUCCACAAGUAUGCGCAAAA